AUGAGCGCCGAGGAGACCAAGACCGAGACCGCCGCUGCUCCUGUCGUCGACGCCAGCAAGCCCGAGCAGGCUGGCGAGAAGCGCAAGGCGGAGGAUGCCGAGGCCCCCGAGGCUGAGAAGAAGCAGAAGACGGACGCCGCUGAGCCCGCUGAGCCCGUUGAGCCCAAGGAUGCCCCCGCCGACGCCCCCAAGGACAAGGGCAAGGGCAAGGCUGCCGCCCCCGCCGAGGAGGAGGACAAGGAAGAGGACUACGAGGACGUCUCGGACGACAGCGACGAUGAGCUCAUCGUCCGCGGGCCCCGUCGCAGGAAACAGGUCGACUACUCUUCCGCCGAGGCGCUCGCUGCCGCUGGUCUCAAGGAGGGCGAGGAGGAGGACGAGGAGGAGGACGACGAGGAGUUCGAGGCGGGCGACGACGACGACGACGAGGACGGCGACGAGCCCGCGGCCGAGGAGCCGGCAGCCCCCGCCGCCGACGAGGACGACGAUGACGAGGAGGUGUAG